UUUCCAUUCAAUUCAAUUUCUUUACUCUAUUUCAAUUCUUUCAUCUUCCGAAACCGUUAUGGUAAAACUCAGGCAUUCUCGCGCAGCACUUCGAAAGCCAUCACUAUCAACUUUACAGACAUUGAUCUUCAUCUUGUUUGUGAUCUUCACAAUCUUCAUUCUCAUUCUCUUAACUCCCCGUAUCCCUAAAUUCAACCACCUCAACUCCAUCUCUCAUAACACUCUCAGAAGCGAAGAUGACGACAAUAAGAGUUGGGUUGAAAUCAUAUCGUGGGAACCUAGAGCCUUUUUAUACCAUCAUUUUCUGGCAAAAGAUGAAUGUGAACAUCUAAUCAAUAUAGCCAAGCCUGAUAUGCAUAAGUCACUUGUAGUUGAAUCUGAUAAUGGCACGGCACAUAAUGUCUACAGCCGUGAACGGACAAGCACAGGAACUUUUCUCUAUAGAGGUCAAGAUCAAAUUGUGAAGAAUAUUGAGAAAAGAAUUGCUGAUUUUACUUUUAUACCUAUAGAACAUGGUGAAGAGCUUCAAGUUCUGCAUUAUGAAGUUGGACAAGAGUAUGUACCUCAUCAUGACUACUUUACAGAUGAGUUUAAUUUUUUGAACGGGGGUAACCGUAUAGCAACAAUGCUGAUGUACCUUUCAGAUGUUGAAGAAGGGGGUGAGACAGUGUUCCCAGUUGCAAAUGCAAAUUUUAGCUCAGUGCCUUGGUGGAAUGAACUUUCUGAUUGUGGAAAAAAAGGACUUUCAAUUAAGCCAAAGAUGGGUGAUGCUAUACUUUUCUGGGGCAUGAAGACUGAUUCAACUUUAGAUCCAUCGAGUAUGCAUGGUUCAUGUCCUGUGAUCAAGGGUGAUAAGUGGUCAGCUACUAAAUGGCUGCAUGUGGGUGAAUUCAAAACCUUUUCAUCGUAGGAUAUUAUAUCGCUAUUUUUUUUGCUGCACUCAUAUAUAUAGUUUUCCAGUUACGGAUACAUAAUAGUUGGCAAUGUGUUACAUGCAUUAUUGCUAACUUGAGCCUGAUCUGAAAAAGCUGAUAGAUUAUUUGCAUACAAUUUCAAAUAAAAAUUAAUAAA